AAAAAUGUGGAAGAUCUUAAAACGUAAUCUUAAUUAAUACUUUUUAAUGCAUACAAUUUAUAAAUGAAUUAUAAAAAUAUUAAAAUGCUUCAUUUGUUCGAAAUACAUUCUUUUGACUUACUUAAAAUGGAAUUCAUUAUUCUAUUACUCUUAAAUAAUUACGUUAAGAUGUAUUUACUACAAAUUUAAUAAAAAUUUAUCCCUAUUAUGAUCCUUAUAUAAAUAAUUCUAAAAAAUGUAAUUUUUUAUAUGAAAGAAAUUUGUAUUAAAUGAUUAUUAAGCAUUUUUAUGAAGGAAAUCUAAUAAAGUUUAAAAAUUAGUUUUUGUAAAGAAUUUGUUAACAAAACAAGAAACAGAAGCAUAUAAUGCUUGCAACUGUUUUAUUCUGCAAUUCAGAUAUUUUACCAAUAAAGAAUGAAGAAUUUUUCUUUAGAUAAUGUGUAUAACUUAUACUCGAUAUCAAAACACUAACAUUAUAUGUAAGUUUCAUAAAAUUCUCUAUUUCGAAGUACCUAUCCUAUUAAAAUUAAACGUAUGGAAGUGAAACGGACUGAGAUGGAAAUAUUUAGGACCAAAAAAACGUAUUACGACGAUCUCAAUGAAACUAAAAAUGGUUCAGAUAGUUUUUGGGAAAUAUUUAUCGCAUUAUGUGUCGUUUUGAUUUUAAUUAUUGUAUUUAUAACCUGCUAUCAUUAUAUCCAUGGAAAGAUCAUUUACAUUAUUUGCAAAAGGUCUAUUGAAUUUUUUAUACUAUAUUAUAAAUAUAUGUAUUAUUUUCAUUGUAUUCAUACUUGUAUACAUAUAUUUAGUUGGCAAAAUACUAAAAUUACAUUAAUAAAGAUGUUUCACAUGGCUAAAUAAGAAAAACGACACCGAUGACAACGUUACAAUAAAAAACGAAAGCAACCGGGGUACGACACAGCGGAGGUCUAUGAUUUUAAAACCCCAUAAAAAAUUUAACGAUCAAAAAGAAAAAUUAUAUAAAACUAAAUCUUAUGCGUUCAGGACUCCCUUACAGGAAAAGAAAAAAUUACUUUCUUCUCAUACGGAUAAAACUAUAACUUCUAAUAGCAAUAUUGCUCUGACAAAACGAUUAUUUUUAAAACUAUCUGUUUUAUCGUCUGAUACUUCUAAUAAAAAUGGCCAUGAUCAAACAUUAAAUAAUUGGAACACAUGCAAUGAACAAUGUACUCAAAGAAAAGAAAAGUUUUAUCAAAAUUCCCAUAAGGGCGAAAAAAGUAUUUGCUUUUCAGACACGGACGUGAAAUUUCUAGUGAUACCUGUAUCUUCGAAAAAGUCGAAUGAAAAUAGAAAUAAGGAAAUAUGUAAAUGGAAUUCGAAAGAUAACAAUUAUGAUAUACGAAACAAUACCAGUUCCAAACUGAUAGAACUUCGAUACGAAAAUAGAGAUUCAUUCAGUAAUAAUGUGCAAAAAUAUGAAGUAUUUACUUCUAAAUUAAAUUUACCGAAUUCUUUUGUAUCAAAAAAUGUAGCUACCGAUUCGUUAUCAGAUUCUGUAGUAAAUGAAUUGGAUAUUUUACCAAACUUAUCUCUUAACAAAUUGAAAAGGUCAACGAAUUCUCACAUUGGUUCUACGGUAUCAGGUGUGUCUAAUGCAACUCAUUUAAAGUCAGAAGGAAAUAGUUUCAUGGAUGUUGCGGAUAGUGCUACUAUAUCAGAAAUAGAUAAAUUACAAAGAAAAAAGUCAGAUGAAUAUAACGUAUAUUCGAAGAAAAUGAAGAUGAAAAUGAAAUCGUCGAUGGAUAUGUUAAGAAGUCAAAUAAAAGAGAUAAAUUCUGAAAGAAAAAUUAAAUCAGAAGAAAAUCUUAUGGUUCUCUCAAUUAAAAAUGAAAAUACUAAAAAUGAUUUUAUGUUUAAAAAGGAUAUUACUUCCAUACAUGAACAGUAUAUUGAGAGCCCUUUAACCUCAUUGAAUCAUAGUUCAGAAACGAACGAAAUUUAUGAUGAAUUAGGAAUAUUAUUUUCACAAUACAUGAAACUUCAAAUAAAAUCAUGUAGAAGAAAAUAUUGUAUUAGAUCGCGACAUUUAAAAAAAAUACAACACAGCACAAGAAAAUGUCAAGCAAGAUUUAAUUAUCAUCAAAUAUAUCCUUAUGAUCAAAGGCCAACAUGUAACUGUGGAAAUAUAUGCAAAGACACAUAUGAUGAAUUAAAGUUAAUGUCUAAAUUACCAUUAGAAAGGAAGAAUAUUUAUUACGAAAUGUUCACAAGAAGAAAGCAAUUCUUGAAUCAACCAUGCAUAUUAAUUAACCAAGAGUUUAUAUCUAACUAGCGUUACGAAACAUAUCAAAUAAAUCUUUAAGAUUUAGAUUUAAGUUGAUAUGAAUAUCAUUUUGUAUAUCAUUUUCUUUCAGAAUAUAUGCUUUAAUUUUCUUAGCAAAUAUUUCUAUUGUAAUGGUAUUGAAAA